UAUACAACUGUCAUCACAAUAACUAUUACAAGUACUAGUACAACUGGCUUGUUGGGCAUUUCUUCCGGCUACAUACUUCAAAUCUAUUAAUAAAACGUUAAUUAUCUCAAGAUUACAAUGGCUAUGCGAGAUUACGCUGCAGACAAAGAAACACUGAAGAACUUCUUCGUGGAUUUCUGCCAGACUGAUGACGAGGGGCAUAAGCACUUUAAAUAUGCUGAACAACUCACUAGAGUCGCUCACAGGGAACAGGUGGCAUUUACUGUGGAGCUGGAUGACUUGCAUGAAACAAAUGAGGAUCUGGCUGAGGCGGUGCGCCAGAACACGCGUCGAUACACGAGCAUGGUGUCGGACGUAGUGUACGAGAUGCUACCUGACUACAAACACACGGAGGUUACUGCUAAAGAUGCAUUAGAUGUAUAUAUUGAGCAUCGCAUUGUGCUGGAGGCACGGAACCACCGGAUCCCAGGGGAGAUGAGGGAUCCCAGGAAUCGGUACCCUCCAGAGCUCAUCAGACGAUUUGAAGUGUACUUCAAAGAUCUGUCCAGUGCCAAGUCUGUACCAAUUAGAGAAGUCAAGGCUGAACAUAUUGGCAAAUUGACAACAGUAAGGGGCAUAGUGACGCGUUGCACGGAAGUGAAGCCGCUGCUAAUGGUGGCCACGUACUCAUGCGGCGCGUGCGGCGCCGAGACCUACCAGCCGGUGCGCGCGCUGCACUUCACGCCGCCGCCCGCCUGCGCCGCCGACGCCUGCCGCCUCAACAACGCCGCCGGACAGCUGCACCUACAGACGCGCGGCUCGCGCUUCCAGAAGUUCCAGGAGAUCAAGAUACAGGAACAUUCGGAUCAAGUGCCGGUGGGGCACAUCCCGCGGCAGCUGGCGGUGUACUGCCGCGGCGACCAGUGCCGGCGAGCGCAGCCCGGCGACCACGUGGCGGUUACCGGCGUCUUCCUGCCGCUGCUGGGCGCCGGCUUCCGCCAGAUCAUGCAGGGGCUGCUCUCCGACACCUACCUUGAGGCGCACGGAGUGUUGUGCGUGAACGCGAGCGACGAGUGCGAGAGCGCGGAGGCGCUGUCCGAGGAGGAGCUGGCUGAGCUGGCGGAGGAGCAGCUGUACGCGCGCAUGGCGCGCUCGCUGGCGCCCGAGAUCUACGGCCACGAGGACGUCAAGAAGGCGCUGCUGCUACUGCUGGUCGGCGGCGUCGACAGGCGGCCGAACGGUAUGAAGAUCCGCGGCAACAUCAACAUCUGCCUGAUGGGCGACCCGGGCGUGGCCAAGUCGCAGCUGCUCAACUACAUCGACCGUCUGGCGCCGCGCAGCCAGUACACCACCGGCCGCGGCUCCUCGGGCGUCGGCCUCACUGCUGCCGUCAUGAAGGAUCCGUUUACAGGCGAGAUGAUGCUGGAAGGCGGCGCGCUGGUGCUGGCCGACCAGGGCGUGUGCUGCAUCGACGAGUUCGACAAGAUGGCCGACGCCGACCGCACCGCCAUCCACGAGGUCAUGGAGCAGCAGACCAUUAGCAUCGCAAAGGCGGGUAUAAUGACGUGCCUGAACGCGCGCGUGUCGAUCCUGGCGGCCGCGAACCCCGCCUACGGCCGCUACAACCCCAAGCGCAGCGUCGAGCAGAACAUCCAGCUGCCCGCCGCGCUGCUGUCGCGGUUCGACCUGCUGUGGCUCAUCCGCGACCAGCCUAAUCGCGAGAAGGACCUGGAGCUAGCCAAGCACAUCACGUACGUGCACCAGCACGGCGCGCAGCCGGCGGCCGAGACGCGCGCGCUGCCCAUGCGCCUCGUGCGCCGCUACGUGGCGCUCGCGCGCCGCAAGCAGCCCGUCGUGCCGCGCCACCUCGCCGACUACAUCGUCUCGUCAUACGUGGAGCUGCGGCGGGAGGCACGCAACGCGCGUGACGUCACCUUCACCUCUGCAAGGAACUUGCUUGCAAUCUUGCGCCUCUCCACCGCUUUAGCCCGUCUCAGAUUGUCGGACGUAGUAGAAAAAGAAGAUGUUUCAGAAGCCAUUCGCCUCGUGGAGAUGUCUAAACAGUCACUACAGCACGUUGACGAAAAUUUCCAAAGGGGUAUCAGCUCGACGGACCGCAUCUUCGCGGUGGUGCGCGACCUGGCGGGCGCCAGCCAGACCGUGAAGAUCGCCGACGUCAUAGAGCGCUGCGUGGACAAGGGGUUCAAACCCGACCAGGUGGAUGCGUGCAUCGAGGAGUACGAGAAUCUGAACGUGUGGCAGGUCAACCAGGUGCGCACCAAGAUCACCUUCAUGUGACCUGCCACUCUUUACUGUCUAAUGUUACCUUAACACUACCUUUUAUAUUACCAACUAAGUUAUUUUAGUUGCAUUUACAUUGUCCACGAUUUUUGGUCUUACAUUAUUUUAAUUAAGAAGUGUAAACAUUAUGUACUCGUUUAAAUGUAUUACUUAUCAUUAUUAAAAUAUGAAACAUCAUCUAGUGCCUGCAGUCGUUAACAACGCAUAAUAUAAACAAAAGCCAUCCAUCACCUCACAUUAUCUGGACAAAUAGAAAUGCAACCAGAAUAAUUAUGACUUUUUUAGUUUUGUAGAGAUCAUCAUCAUUUUACGGAUUUCUACCUCUAGCCUCCGAGCAACACCGGGAAGGUAGACGGCAUUCGUACUAUUUCCCCUCUACCGAAGCAUAUAAGUACAACUGUACAGUCGCCAUCAGAUAUAUCGGAGCGGCCGAGGUGCUCAAAAAUAUCUGAACACGCACUCUAACGCCUUGACAAUAGAGGCGUGUUCAGAUAUUUGUGAGCACCUCGGGCGCUCCGAUAUAUCUGAUGGCGACUGUACCUAUGGCGGUGCGUGUUGUGACUCGUCCGUAAGCAAAAAGAGAUCGAGGUGUGCAAGAUUUGUCUUUGACGUGUGUCAUUUUCUAUGCAUUUGUGUCGUCAUUACAUAUUGGAUAUUGCAUGUAGUGAGUGAGAAGUACGACUGUGUUCACGUUCCCCCCCGCAAAAAAUGGCAGAAUAAUUUGUACACUAAGAUAUCGCUUGGGCUCCUCCCUUCGGAUAUGUCGGAAACCGGUGUUACUGGAAGCCUCUAGCCGCCCCGCCCGGCCAUCAUAACUUGCCAAGACAAAUGCAGUUUUGAAUGUAAUGAGACUAAUGAGACCUUUUUAUAGCCCUCUGGGCGGCUAGAGGUUGGUUUUGUUUUAAUUCAUUAACAAUUUGUAAUGUUCAUAUUUAACUAUGACAGCUACACUUAAAAUGAAGAUGUAUUUACUUUUGAUGUUUUAUCACGUCAAUUUGUCAUAAUUCCAUU